UUGGGGCAAAACCUGUCUUCCGACAUGCUGACGAACAAAACGAAUUCUUGGAAAAAUGAUGAAGGCUUCGGGUACCCCUUCAUUAUUGACGUAUCGCCCUUCUUCUAAUUUUUCGAGUAGUCGUAGCAGCAGCUCAUGGACAAUCAAGUUUUAUCUUUUUCGGUUUCACGCCCCCUUCAUCUCCACAGCGCCCGCCUACUUCUGACCAACAAUCAAAUUGCUAGAUCUUUUACCUUUCAAAGGCAUUGCACUAAUGUGGAGAAUCUUGUGGAGAGUAUAACUGGGUAUGAUUCCAGAUCAUGGAAACAAUGUGCUCCCAAGAAAGGAAUGCUUUAUUUUGGACCAAUUAAAUGUGUCUGGGCUGUUUUAUUCGCAUUAUUCGUUACACUAAAAACUAUUCUUCAAUCAAAAAAGAAAGAACCAAGAAAUGUUUCAUUUGAUGAAUUAGUGGGUGUUGAUGCUACAAUAAAAAAAAUUCGACAUAUCAUACCUAUACUACAAGGAAAGAGUGAAGCCAAGAAAUUCGGGGCGGAAUUACCCGAUGGUCUUAUGCUAUAUGGUCCUCAAGGAACAGGGAAAACUACAUUGGUCCAUGCAUUGGCUCGAGAAGCUGGAGUAUCAUUCUUCCCUAUUUCAGCUCAUGAUAUGGCUAAGGAUGACACCGGAUCCAUUGGGAUUGACACCCUUUUUAUUGAAGCAAGAGCAUAUUCACCAUCCAUUGUUUUAAUUGAAGAUGUAGAUGUUAUUGCAAGGAAAGGAAGGUGUGAAUCCGACCCAUCUUUACGUCAGCUUGACUUGGAGAUUGAGAGCUGCAAUAAGGAUGGAAGCAUGGUGAUGGUUAUAGUUACUCCUAUCAAACCCGAGACACUAGAUUCAGCUUCAAUGAGAUCUUGUCGGUUCUUCAAGAAAGUGCACAUGGGUUUACCAGAUGAAGAUAGCAGGAGAAAGAUUACAGGUGUACAUUUAAAUAUGGUUGCCAGGGAGGAAGACAAAGAAGCAAUUUGCAACCUUGUUGCUUCACGAACUCAUGGCCUAGUUUGGGAUGAUAUUAAAAGCAUAGCUGUAGACUCUAAGAUAUUUGCUCUUUCUAGAGGAGAUGAUCACGUGACAAUGGAUGAUGUUCUUAAUGCUCUUGGAAUGCUCAAUGAUUCUGAUGAUUAACCAAUGGCAUAAGAAAGCAUACAACAACUCAUUGUUGAUUAUGUGGCUUUUGAUGUACAGAUUAGUGUAGCCAUUUAAGAUGGCUCAUUUAACUUCAAACAUGGGGCGGGGUGGCCGGCAUCUCUAUUACGCCAUGACCCCCCACCCCCCGAGCCCGGGUGUUUUAGGAGGUGAGUGGCAGACUGGCAUCCACAUGACGGUCGUUGCUCGCUUCUCUUUUUCACUUCCCAAUGAUUCCAAAUGUUGGAUCUUUCUUUAUUUUGUUUGUUUAUUUUAUUUUUGCUGCUAUAAAGGAUUGUUGUAAAUUGAUAUUCCUUUAAAUUGUUUCCAGGUCUUGGGUGAGGAGAGGAUUGGAACUUUCGAAUUGUAUAUUUAAUAUAUAAUUUUUCAAUUUAACCC